UUUCCAUCACCUUUCCCUACCCCGCCCCAAUUUAUGGGUAUCUGGCCAUUCUUAUUUUCCCCCGGAGAAUCCUGGAUAACUUUGCAGAGGAUUCUGGGACGCUGCUCUUGUGCUCACUUCCCAACCCCCACCCCUUAAUUCUGGGAGACAAGCACCUUGGCCUCCUCUGCUCAACUCCUACACCACAGUUUCUGCUCUUUCCACUGGUGGCCGGGGAGUGGCGGGGGCGGGGGUGAACCAGACACGUGAGCAGAGCUGGACGAGGUGACCAGGAAGUCAUGGAUUAGGUUAGAUAGUGGGGUGGUGGUGAGUACGAUGGCCCAGUGGAGAAAAGGAGAGGAGAGCCUUUCUUCCGCCUCUGCCCCACUGCCCAUCCCCUUCCUACCUGUUUUAUCCCCUGCUUGGCAUUUUCACGUCUUUUGCCUUCCUAUCCAGGCCAGGAUGUCCUUUCUUGCCUUCACUGGUGCUGUCCUGCUGAAGGUCGGGGCAGGCUUCUAAAGGGGCUGUGGCAAGGAAGGGCGAGUCUCAGGUUUAAUCUGCCAUCAUCAUCAUCAUGAACUUCGAGGGUCUGGACCCUGGACUAGCAGAGUAUGCCCCGGCCAUGCAUUCUGCCCUGGACCCUGUCCUGGAUCCCCACCUGAACCCAAGUCUGCUACAGAAUGUGGAGCUGGACCCGGAGGGCGUGGCUUUGGAGGCUCUGCCCGUCCAGGAAUCAGUGCACAUAAUGGAAGGUGUCUACUCUGAAUUGCACAGUGUGGUGGCUGAAGUGGGCGUGCCUGUCUCCGUCUCCCACUUUGACUUGCACGAGGAGAUGCUGUGGGUGGGAAGCCAUGGGGGCCAUGCCACAUCAUUCUUUGGCCCAGCGUUGGAGCGCUACUCAUCCUUUCAAGUCAACGGCAGUGAUGAUAUUCGGCAGAUCCAGAGCCUGGAGAAUGGUAUCCUUUUUCUCACGAAGAGCAACCUCAAGUAUAUGGCUCGUGGGGGCCUCAUUAUCUUUGAUUACCUGCUGGAUGAGAGUGAGGACAUGCACAGUCUCCUGCUGACGGACAGCAGCACUCUGCUUGUUGGUGGGCUGCAGAGCCACAUAUUGGAGAUUGACCUUAACACUGUCCAGGAGACUCAGAAGUAUGCAGUCGAGACACCUGGAGUCACCAUCAUGAGACAGACAAAUCGCUUCUUCUUUUGUGGCCACACAUCUGGCAAGAUAUCCCUGCGAGACCUCCGUUCUUUUAAAGUGGAGCAUGAGUUCGAUGCUUUCUCCGGGAGUUUGUCAGAUUUUGAUGUACAUGGCAACCUGUUGGCUGCCUGUGGCUUCUCCAGCCGCCUCACGGGCCUGGCCUGUGACCGUUUCCUCAAGGUGUAUGACCUGCGCAUGAUGCGUGCUAUCACACCGCUGCAGGUCCACGUGGACCCUGCCUUCCUGCGCUUCAUCCCUACGUACACAUCUCGCCUGGCUAUCAUCUCCCAGUCUGGACAGUGCCAAUUCUGUGAGCCCACGGGCCUGGCCAACCCAGCAGACAUCUUCCAUGUGAAUCCUGUGGGGCCUCUGCUAAUGACAUUUGAUGUGUCAGCCAGCAAGCAGGCCCUGGCCUUUGGGGACUCUGAGGGCUGUGUCCACCUCUGGACUGAUUCCCCUGAGCCUUCCUUCAACCCCUACUCCCGUGAGACCGAGUUUGCUUUGCCCUGUCUCGUGGACUCACUGCCACCUCUGGACUGGAGCCAGGACCUGCUGCCUCUUUCCCUCAUCCCUGUCCCACUCACCACGGACACGCUUCUCUCGGAUUGGCCUGCUGCCAACUCUGCUCCAGCUCCCAGGCGAGCGCCACCCGUAGAUGCAGAGAUUCUGCGCACCAUGAAAAAAGUGGGCUUCAUUGGCUAUGCGCCCAACCCCCGUACCAGGCUGCGCAAUCAGAUUCCUUACCGACUUAAGGAGUCAGACAGUGAAUUUGACAGCUUCAGCCAGAUCACAGAAUCACCAAUAGGACGGGAAGAGGAGCCCCAUCUCCACAUGGUCUCUAAGAAAUAUCGAAAGGUGACCAUCAAAUACUCCAAGCUAGGGCUGGAAGACUUUGACUUCAAACACUACAAUAAGACCCUGUUUGCUGGAUUAGAGCCCCACAUUCCCAACGCCUACUGUAAUUGCAUGAUCCAGGUGCUCUAUUUCCUUGAGCCUGUUCGCUGUCUGAUUCAGAACCAUCUUUGCCAGAAGGAGUUCUGUCUGGCAUGUGAGCUGGGGUUCCUUUUCCACAUGUUGGACCUCUCUCGAGGUGAUCCUUGUCAGGGCAGUAAUUUUCUUCGGGCAUUCCGUACCAUCCCUGAGGCCUCAGCCCUUGGUCUGAUCCUGGCUGACUCAGAUGAAGCUUCAGGCAAGGGCAAUCUGGCCAGGCUUAUUCAGAGGUGGAAUCGUUUUAUUCUCACUCAGCUGCAUCAGGAUAUGCAGGAACUGGAAGUACCCCAGGCUUACAGAGGUGCUGGAGGCAGCAGCUUUUGCUCAUCGGGGGACUCUGUCAUUGGACAGCUGUUCAGCUGUGAGAUGGAGAACUGCAGCCUCUGCCGCUGUGGCAGCGAGACUGUGCGAGCCUCAUCCACCCUACUCUUCACGCUCUCCUACCCCGAGGGUAGCAACAGUGAUAAAACCGGGAAGAACUGUGACUUUGCUCAGGUGCUAAAGAGAAGUAUCUGCCUGGAGCAGAAUACACAGGCCUGGUGUGACAACUGUGAAAAGUACCAGCCCACGAUUCAGACCCGCAACAUUCGCCAUCUGCCAGAUAUUCUUGUUAUCAAUUGUGAAGUGAAUAGCUUGAAAGAAGCUGAUUUCUGGAGACUGCAAGCUGAGGUUGCCUUCAAGAUGGCAAUAAAAAAACACGGUGGGGAAAUCUCUAAGAACAAGGAAUUUCCCUUGACUGAUUGGAAGGAACUCGGGAAUCCGGAGGGCAUGCUGAUGUGUCCCUCCAUUGAGGAAUUGAAGAAUGUCUGGCUGCCUUUCUCCAUUCGCAUGAAGAUGACCAAGAACAAAGGGCUGGAUGUUUGCAAUUGGACUGAUGGGGAUGAGAUUCAGUGGGGCCCAGCCAGGGCAGAGGAGGAGCAUGGUGUCUAUGUGUAUGACCUGAUGGCUACUGUGGUACACAUCCUGGACUCACGCACAGGGGGCAGCCUGGUGGCUCACAUCAAAGUCGGAGAGACCUACCACCAGCGCAAGGAGGGUGUUACCCACCAGCAGUGGUAUCUCUUCAAUGACUUUCUUAUCGAACCUAUUGAUAAGCAUGAAGCUGUGCAAUUCGACAUGAAUUGGAAAGUGCCUGCUAUCCUUUAUUACGUCAAAAGGAAUCUUAAUUCCAAAUACAGCCUGAACAUCAAGAACCCUAUUGAGGCAAGUGUGCUGCUGGCUGAAGCCUCACUAGCGCGGAAGCAAAGGAAAACACAUACUACCUUUAUUCCACUGAUGCUCAAUGAGAUGCCACAGGUUGGGGACCUGGUGGGCCUGGAUGCUGAGUUUGUCACCCUGAAUGAGGAGGAAGCAGAGCUGCGCAGUGAUGGCACAAAGUCUACCAUCAAACCAAGCCAGAUGUCGGUAGCGAGAAUAACUUGCGUUCGAGGCCAGGGGCCCAACGAGGGUAUCCCCUUCAUCGAUGACUACAUCUCUACCCAGGAGCAGGUGGUUGAUUACCUGACUCAGUACUCAGGCAUAAAGCCGGGAGACCUUGAUGCCAAGAUUUCCUCUAAGCACCUCACGACUCUCAAGUCUACCUACUUAAAGCUUCGUUUUCUCAUAGACAUUGGAGUCAAGUUUGUGGGUCAUGGCCUGCAGAAGGACUUCAGAGUCAUCAACCUCAUGGUGCCCAAGGACCAAGUCCUUGACACUGUCUACCUGUUUCACAUGCCCCGAAAACGAAUGAUUUCCCUGCGAUUCCUUGCUUGGUACUUUCUGGAUCUGAAGAUUCAGGGAGAGACCCAUGACAGUAUAGAGGAUGCCCGCACAGCCCUUCAGCUCUACCGAAAAUAUCUGGAGCUAAGCAAGAAUGGCACUGAACUUGAGUCUUUCCACAAAGUACUCAAGGGUCUAUAUGAGAAGGGUCGGAAGAUGGACUGGAAGGUGCCUGAGCCUGAGGGCCAAACAAGUCCCAAGAAUGCAGCUGUCUUCUCCCCAGUGCUGGCACUCUGAGUUCACCCUCUCCUGACGAACUAGUCACUCUCCCUCAUUGUUCUGUGGCCCAAGAACUGGGAGAUGACUUUUCAAGUUGGCUAUACCCUGCCCACUUCCAGAAUUAGACCACUCAGGGUCUGCAGAUGGUGCUAUUCAUAGAACUGGAAACGCAGCAGAGCUGUUGCAAAGGGUCUAGAAGCCUUUUUCAUUCUUCAAAGGGUGGUGUGCCAGAAACAGGCUUGAAUUGACCCAGGUGGAAAAUAAUUGAUAUUCUUAAUAAAUAUGCUAGGUAAUUCAUAUCUAGAAGCUCCUGACUACAGAUUGAAGUCCUGGACUGUGAUAAAGACAAGAGUAAUUCAAGAUUUAAUUCAAGCAUGGAGGGUCUUGGUGAUCCCAGCAAACCAGUGUGGCCAACAACACCACUGCCAAAACGACCUUUGGGUCCUGGACAAGAGUGGCUGGCUUCAUUCCCGCAGACAGCUGGGACACAUCUGUCUUCCAUCCACUCGCCUAUCCCAAGUUUUGUUUUCUUAUUUUUUAAACUUUUGUUUUAAACUGCAUGUUUUGUAAAAUAAAAACAAAAAUAGUACGGGCUGUUAUCUCUCUCAUUAGAGACC